AUGGCGUCUUCGUCUUCAUCUGGCAAAUAUGACGCAGUGAUCAAAUCAGGCCUGAAGCUGAAGGGCGGGGACAAGAACAAAGAGGUGGGAGUCAAGGUGGCCAAGAAAAAGAAGAAGACCCAAGAGGAUGUUCUGACCGAGCAGUUGCAAGCCAACGCCGAUCAGGAAUUGCAGGAACAGGCUGAGCUCACUAAGGGUGCCACCCAAGGCCCUACCACUGCUCAGAAGACUUUCAAGUUAGCCCGCGAGAAACGCAGCAAUCAGAGGAUCAAUGAAGCCAUCCAGUACACGCAUCGCCAGCGGAUGGACAAGUUGAAUGCCCAUCUGGGCAGCUUGACGGCCGGCUCCCGGCCGACUCUACAUGAUGGUGCAAAUGGCAGAUGGAUGGACUGUACAGUGGAACUUGCAGAAACUCCUGGGGGAGAUGUUCGAAAAAGGGCUCGGAAGAAGCUUGGGAAGAAAGAGUUGGAGCGCAUCAAAGGUGCUGAAGCAGGCCCACCCAAAGAGGAGCCCAGAGAAUCAGCUCCAGUGAAUGUGUUGCCUGUGGAUCAGGUCGCCUCCUUGGGUCCUGGCCCAGCGGAAGCGGUGACGGCGCCCUGA